AUGAAAAAAACGAUGGAGAAAAUGAACAAGAGCAGCUCUGGGUCAGAGUCAGAAUCUGAGCUGUCUGGGACCUCAGAUUCCUUGAGUAAUAAGAAAGAAGAGACAAGCUGCUCUGUGUCUGGUAGUGAGACGGAGUCUGAGAUUGAGGAGGAGACGUCUAGCGAGAGUGAAGAGAAGAGCAAGAAGGAGAACCCAUCUUUGACGGUGUUUAUAAAGGGCAUAAGCUACGAUCUAACCGAAUAUGAUCUGAAGAACGAAAUGGAGAAGAUAGGGAAAGUGGUCCGAGUUGGGAUUCCUAUGACAAAUGACUACAAGCGCAACAAGGGAUUUGGGUAUGUUGAAUUUUCUAAGGAAGAGGAUGUGAAGAAGGCGCUGAAGCUUGACGGAACUGUCUUCCUCGGAAGGGAAGUGGUUGUGAACAUGGCACAUCCACGGGAAAACAAGCAAAGGCAUACAAUAUACAUUUCGAACAUCCCAUUUGAGUGUGACAAAAGGAAGCUGAAGAAGUACUUUGAGGAGAUGGGAGAAGUUGUUGGGAUGUCCUUUCCAUAUGACAAGGAGAACGAUAGGCUGAAGGGAUAUGGCUUUGUCGACUUCGGCAACAAGGAGGAUUAUGAGAAGGUUCUCAAGAAGAAGCUAGUUUUUGAGGAUAGCUCUAUAUACCAAAGGCCUGCUUACAAGAACAAUAAGGAGGAUAGAAAGGAUUUCAAUGGAAAAGGACCUAGAAGAAAUGACUCUAGAUGGAAUGGCAAGAGAUACGGAGGAGAGAGCCAGAACAGAAACAAUAACAAAAAGGUUAAGUUCAAUUCUGACAGUGAGGAAUAA